UUAAUUUUUAAAGUAAAAUGCGAAGAAACGACGACAGACCGAAAGAGCAUCAGGACCCGAGGGAUUUACUCUCCAAGGAUAGACUGAAAGAAUUGGAGAGAAAAAGAAGGGAAUGGAGAAUGGAGCAGGAACGACGCCGGGAACACGAAAAACGUAAAACGAAAAUGAUCCAAGAGUGGGAAGCAAGACGAGCUCGGGAAUUAAAAGUGAAGAAACAACGGAGACGAUCCAAAUCACGAUCAAGAUCAGCGUCACCCGGAGGCAGCGGACGACGUGGUAGAAGGAAAUCUGCAGAAAAACGAAGAACUCAUUCCAGCAGCAGCAUUCCUGUUAUGUUUGAGAAGUGCGAUACCUCGUCGAAUAAUACUCCACUGUUUAAGGGCAGUGAGGGUAAUAAAAUUGCUGUUAGUGAAUUAAAAAAAAUUACAGUUAAUGUUCACCGAAACCUGCCAAACGCUGAAGGGUCGUCUGGAUUGUUGAGGAAUAUUACCAAUCCUGAUGAAAUCAUCAUCAAACGAAGAGCAGGAGAGGGAUCCAAACCAAUUUUUGAUCGUGAGGAACUGACAAUAAGAGAAUGCAGUACACACGAUGCUCCGGAACGUCGAACAGUUGUGCUUCACGAACAUGAAACAGAGAGACCGAGGCGUCAGAGCUCGCCGAGAUCGUCAAGGCAUGAUUCCAACAAAGCGCUAAAUUCACUCACUGAUAGUUGUGGAAUGGAAGACCCUAAAUUUAUUACAGAGGAAAAACCCAUGCCGAAGCGUAAUGUUAUAACCGAACGAGCUUAUGGUACCCGUGAGGAUGAUGUUGAUAGUGUUACUUGGUUGGUAAAGUUGUAA